AUGCAGUUCUCGCUGGCCGGCAUGAACACUCGUGCCCUACAGACCGGUGCGGAAGGGUUGCGCUGGGUCCUGCGCUGGUGGAGGCCGGGCAGGCCCUCCUCCGCCGAGGGCGUGGCCUGGGACAAGAUCUCCACCGACGAGCUGGCGGACUGGGCGGGUGCGGGCCCGCCCACGCCGCUGCUGGACACGGUGGCCUUCCCCGUGCACAUCAAGAACUUCAACUCACGCCAGCUGCAGCAGCUGUGCAAGGAGCUGCGCGCCGACCUGAUUCACACGGUGGCCAAGACGGGGGGCCACCUGGGGUCCAGCCUGGGUGUGGUGGAGCUGACCGUGGCGCUGCACCACGUGUUCAACACGCCCGAGGACCGCAUCGUGUGGGACGUGGGGCACCAGGCCUACAUCCAUAAGAUGCUGACGGGGCGGCGCGCGCGCAUGCACACCAUCCGCCAGCAGGGCGGGCUGUCGGGCUUCACGCGGCGCGCCGAGUCAGUGUACGACCCCUUUGGCGCGGGGCACUCCAGCACCUCCGUCUCCGCGGCCCUGGGCAUGGCGGUGGGGCGCGACCGCAAGGGCCGCGCCAACAACUGCAUCGCGGUCAUUGGGGACGGGGCCAUCACGGGGGGCAUGGCUUACGAGGCCAUGAACCACGCGGGGUUCCUGGACACCAACAUGAUCGUCAUCCUGAACGACAACCAGCAGGUGUCACUGCCCACCCAGUACAACGGCAAGAACCAGGAGCCCGUGGGCGCGCUCAGCAGCGCCCUGGCUCGACUCCAGGCCAACCGCCAGCUGCGCGAGCUGCGCGAGAUUGCCAAGGGCGUCACCAAGCAGCUGCCCGACGUCAUCCAGAACGCCACGGCCAAGAUCGACGAGUACGCGCGCGGCAUGAUCUCCGGCACCGGCAGCACCCUGUUCGAGGAGCUGGGCUUCUACUACAUCGGCCCCGUGGACGGGCACAACAUGCAGGACCUGGUGGACGUGCUGUCGGAGAUCAAGGCGACGGAGACAGUGGGCCCGGUGCUGCUGCAUGUGGUGACGCAGAAGGGGCGGGGCUACACCCCUGCUGAGACGGCCUCGGACCGCAUGCAUGGCGUGGUGCAGUACGACACGCUGACGGGAAAGCAGAAGAAGGGCUCUGGCGGGCCGCAGAGCUACACCAACUACUUUGCCGACGCGCUGGUGGCGGAGGCCAAGCGCGACGCGCGCGUGCUGGGCAUCCACGCUGCCAUGGGCGGCGGCACGGGCAUGAACCGCUUCGAGGCCGCGUUCCCGGACCGCGUCUUCGACACGGGCAUCGCGGAGCAGCACGCGGUGACCUUUGCCGCGGGGCUGGCCACCGAGGGGCUGGUGCCCUUUGUGGCCAUCUACUCCACCUUCCUCCAGCGCGGGUACGACCAGAUCGUGCACGACGUGUCGCUGCAGAGCCUGCCGGUGCGCUUCGCGCUGGACCGCGCGGGGAACGUGGGUGCCGACGGCGCGACCCACGCCGGCGCCUUUGACGUCACCUACCUGGCCUGCCUGCCCAACAUGGUGGUCAUGGCGCCCAGCAACGAGGCGGAGCUGGUCCACGCAGUGGCCACCGCCGCCGCCAUCGACGAUCGGCCCAGCGCCUUCCGCUUCCCGCGCGGCAACGGCCUUGGCGUGGACCUGGCCGCCGCGGGGGUGACCGACGACCUCAAGGGCCAGCCAAUGGAGGUUGGGCGCGGCGUCGUGCGCCGCGGCGGCGCCGACGUCGCGUUACUGGGCUACGGCACCUGCGUUAACGCCUGCCUGGCCGCCGCCGACCUGCUGGCGGCCCAGGGGGUCAGCGCCACGGUCGUGGACGCGCGCUUCUGCAAGCCGCUGGACACCGCGCUGGUGCGCCGCAUGGCCGCCGAGCACCCUGUCAUGAUCACGGUGGAGGAGGGCUCCAUUGGCGGGUUUGCCGCCCACGUCAUGCAGUUCCUGGCGCUUGAGGGGCUGCUGGACGGCAAGCUCAAGUUCCGGCCCAUGACGCUGCCGGACCGCUACAUCGAGCACGGGACGCAGGCGGAGCAGAUGGCGGAGGCGGGGCUCACCGCCUCCCACAUCGCAGGCACCGCGCUGAGCGUGAUGGGCGUGAAGCGCGACGCGCCCUCCAUCUUCUCCACCUGA